CCCACCCCCACCCCAAACAAUUCCAUUUUGAACUAUCCCACAUUUUGCUAGAAAAAGAACUUCACUUUCCUGAAAAGUUCAGCCAAACAUGGCUGUUGGAUCCAUCUCUUCCAUCACCUUCAUCUUCUUCGCUGGACUACUACUCUCAGAAGCAAAGGGCAGUGACAAUGUGUCUGUUCUCAUGACCAUCAAAGCCUCCUUAGACCCGCAGAACCUCAUUCUUGAAUCUUGGUCACCCAAUGCCACUGACCCUUGCACCGUCUCCUCCUUUGAAGGCGUUGCUUGCAACGACCUUGGCCAGGUUGUCAACAUCUCCUUGCAGGGAAAAGGGCUUAAUGGGAAAAUACCACCUGAGAUCGGCCAGUUGGGCUCCUUGUCUGGGUUGUACCUCCAUUUCAACAACCUUCGUGGGGGUAUCCCUAGUGAAAUAGCUAACUUGACUCGCCUCUCAGAUUUGUAUCUUAAUAUGAACAACCUCUCUGGUCCUAUACCUCCUGAGAUUGGCAACUUGUUAAAUCUUCAAGUGUUGCAACUCUGCUACAACAAUCUUAAUGGGAAUAUACCUAAUGGGUUUGGGUCUCUAAAGAACCUUACUGUUCUUGCUCUUCAAUCCAAUCAGUUGACUGGUGCAAUUCCAGCCAGUUUGGGUGGGUUGACAAUGCUGACAAGGGUGGACUUGAGCUCUAAUCACCUGUUUGGUUCAAUUCCAGUUAAACUUUCUGAAGCUCCUAACUUACGAGUUCUUGAUCUAAGAAACAAUACCCUCUCUGGCAAUGUCCCUCUUGCUCUGAAGAACCUAAAUGAUGGAUUCCAGUAUGUGAACAACAAAGGUCUAUGUGGGAUCGAUUUCCCCUCUUUAUCACUCUGCAUUGACACUUCCUUAAACUCCAGCAAACCAGAACCGGUCGGGCAAGGUUCAUAUCAUCUCCCAACCAAAGAUAUUCCUCAAUCCGCAAACAUCCACCCUCAUGACUUCAACCGGUCCAAGAAGCCACAAACUGCUGCGGUUGUGGGGGUCAUUGGAAUGAUUGUUAUACUGGCUGUAUGUGGAUUGUUCACUUUUUCAUGGUACCGCCGAAGGAAACAGAAAAUUGGAAGUACUUCUGAUACUUCAUCUGAUAAUCCUGCUCAGUCCAAGGUUGUCUGCAGACGAAGCACAUCUCCUCUUAUAAGCCUUGAGUAUUCAAAUGGUUGGGAUCCUCUGUCUAAGGAUCAAGCUGGAAGUGCUCUCUCACAGGAAGUUCUUGAGAACUUUAUGUUCAACUUGGAUGAAGUUGAGUGUGCAACACAGCACUUCUCAGAGAUGAAUCUGUUAGGAAAGGGUAGUUUCUCUGCUGUAUAUAAAGGAACAUUGAGGGACGGGUCUGCCGUUGCUGUGAAGUGUAUUUCCAAGACCAGUUGCAAAUCUGAUGAAGCCGAAUUUCGGAAAGGGCUGAAAUUAUUGACGUCAUUGAACCAUGAAAACCUGUUAAGGUUGAGAGGCUUUUGUUGCUCGAAAGGUCGGGGAGAGUGCUUCCUCAUCUAUGACUUUGUCCCUAAUGGAAACCUGUUGGGAUACCUUGACGCGAAGGAUGGCAAAGGAAAGGUGCUUGAUUGGUCUACCAGAAUCUCCAUUAUCAAAGGCAUUGCAAAAGGCAUUCAAUACUUGCAUGGCAACAAAAGAAAUGUUGCAGCUCUAGUCCACAGAAGCAUAUCAGCCGACAAGGUUCUGAUUGAUCAACUAUACAACCCCCUUCUGUCCGACUCUGGCCUCCACAAACUAUUAGCAGAUGACAUCGUCUUCUCAACGCUCAAAGGAAGUGCUGCCAUGGGGUGCCUGGCCCCAGAGUACACAGUCACAGGCACUUUCACUGAGAAGAGUGACAUAUACGCGUUUGGUGUAAUCAUAUUCCAGAUCCUGUCCGGGAGUUGUUUGGUCACCCAAACAAACCAUGAUGGAGUAGAGAUGUGUAGGUUUGAAGAUUUCGUUGAUGCAAGACUUGAGAGGACAUUUGUUGAGUCCGAGGCUGCUAAGCUCGGAAAGAUAGCUAGGCUUUGCACUAACGAAUCUCCAGGUUGCAGACCUGAUAUUGAUGAUGUCAUUGAGGCACUCAAUGAUAAUUUAGGUUGCAGCUCUGUGAUUUGUAUUGAAGGGGAAUGAAGAAGGGAUGUUGCAGUAGAGCUUAUGUUAGAGAUUUGGUGUAUUUUAGAAUGCUGAUGUAGGCAUAUUUAUUUGUACUUAGUAAUUAGUUUCCUAGUAUGCUUUUGUGCAUUAAUCUACAUGAACUGCCUACACAAGGCAGCUUUGGGACACCCAUUUGUACUAACUAGAAUUUUCACCCAUGCGUUGCACGGGAUGUAGUUCACUCUUAGUGUAUGUUUUUCUCUUGUAUGAGAAUCACAACUUGUGAUAAUUCAGUAUUUAUUAUCCUAGUAGUAUUGAGUUUGGAAGUUAAGAUGUGGUAAAAACAUAACUUUCUCGUGCAUGUGAGAAAAUAGGGAUGGACCGG